GAGCGGCAAAAGUUCAUUAACAUCCUUCCUUCUUCUCCCCUUUGUUUCAUUUCUGUACAGCAAAACACAUUAUUCUUCCAUAAAGAAGAAAUGGCCAACGAUCCAGAGAAGAGGUUCCAUUCCAUCAUGGACAAGCUCUUCCACUCCUCCUCCUCCAGUCCAUCGCCGCCGGGAACGGGGAUGGGGAGACAAGAACAAUUAUUACGAGCGAAGAAACGCCCAAAUCCAACGUAUGCUUUAGCAGCGGAAGAGAAGCAUCAUGGGUUAUCUGCGAGUGAAUCUCCACUUUGCAGACCAUGGGAUAGAGGAGAUCUUCUCAGGAGAUUGUCAACUUUCAAAUCCAUGACUUGGUUUGCUAAGCCCAAGGUAGUAAGUGCUGUUAAUUGUGCUAUGAGAGGUUGGGUCAAUGUGGAUAUGGACAUUCUGGCCUGUGAAUCAUGCGGGGCACGUCUCCAGUUUUCUACUCAGCCUUCUUGGACAUGGCAGCAAGUUGAGAAGGCCGCCUCGGUGUUUAGCUUAAAGCUGGAUAGUGGACACAAAUUGAUUUGCCCUUGGAUUGACAAUGCCUGUGAUGAAAAACUGGCUGAAUUUCCUCCCACUGUGCCUGCUGAUUUAGUUGAUAAAUUCCGAGCAAGAUCCAACUCACUCUUUCAACUUAUAGCUCUUCCAGUAAUUUCAUCUUCGGCCAUUGAAUCUAUGAGAAGCCCGCAGCUCGAAGAAUUUCUCAGACAACCCCUAAUGGUGGAUUGCUUGAAAGGGAAUGCUGAAUUUUCUCAAUUCGAAAGUAUAGAAGAUGGAUCUGCCGUGGAUUCUGCUAACUUGUAUUAUCAGGCUCAAAAGCUUGUAAGUCUUUGUGGCUGGGAACCAUGUCCACUACCUUAUGUUGUUAACUUCAAGGAUGGUCAGAAUCAGUUUGUCAAAGAUGCUGAAACUUUAAGUUCACCCCAGGGAGUUGAUUACGGACUAAAUUUGUGUCUCAACUUCCAUGCAGCUGAUGAAAAUGAAAAUUUGGAGACAAAUAAAGACUCUGGGAAUAGAUUGCAGUAUGAUCCCAAAUCUGUUGUUUUAGAUUGCAGGCUUUGUGGCGCAAGUGUUGGAUUAUGGGCUUUCUCCACUGUUCAACAACCUGUAGAGUUUUUCAGGUUAUUUGUAUGUGAAGAAGUCAAUCCUGGAGUCCAUGAUUCUGGCCACAAAAGCAAUGUUUGUGAUGGUGUUCCUUCGAACGGUGGGCCGUCACCUAUGGAGCAAUCUUCAGAUUCUAAAUUGACUAUAGCUGGGGGUCCACUACCAGCACAACAAAACUUUAAAGCAAGAAUCUGUUUACCUGUUAUUGGCCAGAGUUUAAGAGCUAGAUUUUUGUAUCAUCCAGAGUUUAGAGAUCAGAUAUAUAGUAAUCAAGAAAAUACUCCAGUAGAAUCCCAGUUUCUGGGAGAAAUAGAAUGUUUCAAUACUGGUGUUAGUGAGCCAGGUGUCCCGUCUGCAGAGUUGAGAACUUCAAAUAGAAAAAAGGAUGGUCAAGUUAAUUGUAGUUCUAAAAGCAAUGAUCAGUCUCCUUGUUCAAACCAUGAUGCUUGUGCAAGAGAUGAUAAUUUUAGAAACGUCACACCAUUGGAAGGAACCAACAUCACUGCAAAGGAAAUUUCUCCUUAUGCUGGUACAGAUGAUUCUAAUUUGGGGGUUCAAAUAGAGAGUUCUCAGAAUGUAGUCCAAGAUUCUUGCCAAAGUAAUAACUUACUGGAAAAGGUAGGCAAUGAUAGAUCUUGCAAUAUAGCAGUAAAAAAUUCUGAUACCACGCAUAUUGGAGAUUCUUCUAUCAUGAUCCAAGCUGCUAAUGUUUCCCCUAGAAAUGAAGGAACUAAGGAUAAUGAUUCAUCAGUUACAAUUUUAUCCGAACAGUGCCAUCCAGAACAAUUUGCAGAAACAGAGAAGGUUUGUGAUGAAGAAAUUUGUUUAUCUAAUCAAAACUCUACUUGUGUUGCCUCUUGCGUGGAAGCUUAUGUAAAUGUUGAUGGCGCAUACAAGAUGACUUCAAGAGAAGACAAAACUUGUGCCAAUAGUGAGGAAAGGAUGAUUCCUGAAGUCCAGACUGCUCAAACCAAUAAGGUCUUAUCCUGUCCCAAAGGAAAGGAUGUACAGCAGCACAUGGAUAAAAUAUCAGAGUUUGAUCCAAUCAGGCAGCACAGGCAUUUUUGUCCAUGGAUUGUAUCAAUGAGUGGCGGGGCACCCGGAUGGAAACAAACAUUAUCUGCUUUGCAAAGUGGGAAAGAUUUUCCUCAUUCUUCACCUGCAUGUUCUCCUUCUCCUCCAUCUGCGUCCAUGAUUCGGGUUGAUGAUCCCAUUGCCUCGGUUAGAAAGCUUUUCUUGUCUCCAGUAACCAAAAGAAUGAAGACCAGCUGAGAGUGAGGCUAAAGUAGUGUUUCUUACCUAGCAGCGUUAUUGUCGUGCAUCUAUGCAUCGCGAAAGAGAUGAAUGAUUGAACUUGCUCAUUCUGUAUGUGAGUAUGGUAGUAGAGUUUGAUGCACACGCAUACACACAUAUUGUUGUAUCCAUUUUUAGGCAUUGUGAAAUGGUAGUCCAGUUUACAGUUAAAUUAUUGGUGAGAGCAAAGAUGAAAUUGAAUGAAUAUGAGUUUUAAAAG